CAGUACACUCUAAUUUGCAAACUCGUUAAGAUCAGAGGCAUAUUUUUAACUAGGUUAGUAUUUUUUAGCAACCGUGAAAAUGAGCGAUUUUACCAUUGAUUAUAUACUGCAUCGUGCUGGCGAAAGAUAUGUCGGUACAAAUGCUUCGAUUGGCAUUAUGGAGCGCAUUAAAUUGGAGCAGCAACACCGGCGCCAACGCGAAGCUUACGAGACUUAUCAAGCCGGCGUAGCCGUUGAGUUGGCCAAUAUGGCCGCUGGUGUUGUGGAUGCAACGAUGGGCGCAUUCAAUGGUGAGAGUGUGGCGCAAAUGCCUAUGUUCGAUUGGUUACAGUAUACGCGUUAUCAUCCGCCACGUUUGCCACGCACAUUACGUCAACCGGCCGCCAAACGCACGCCCGGACGUUUGCCACGCAUCCCCUUCACACCCGCCCAACUGGAGGCACUGGAAAGCGCCUAUCGCACAGCCAAUUACUUGAGCGCGGAAGAAGCUAAUCAGCUGGCCGAAUCCUUAGAGUUGACUAAUACACGCGUUAAAAUUUGGUUUCAAAAUCGUCGCGCACGUGAGCGACGCGAAAAACGCGAACGAGAUGAGAGUUAUGAGUCCACUAUCUCUUCAAACGCUUCGAGUCCGGAACCGCAAUGUGAUAUUGUGCUAUAGUUAAAAAAUUACUCAGUAACGAUUUUGAAACAAAAAAAUUGGAUAUAACACGCCUUCAGACUACCUACUUGUAUAUGUUAAUUUCAGUAGGGGUUUGAGAUAUCCUCUUUUUUGAAAUGCUUGGUUUUUCAUAUUGAAUACCUAAAUAUUAGUCCUGCGAUAACUGGUUGCGUAAAGGAAUAGUUUUGCCCCAGUGAUACUCGGAUAUACCUAUAUACUUAACUGAAAAAGACACAAAUUAAUAUUCGCACAAGGACUGACACCUCGUUAAUUCUACAUAAAAUCAUGUAGUGUAGAUUUUAUGUCGCCAUAACGAUAACAUAGAAAUUAGAUAUAACAUUGUGGUUGUGAUUAUUAGUAAGAAUUUCAGAAAUAUCAAAAUAUAUCACUGUAAUAAGUAUAGCAAAGUAUAUAGUGGUCGUAAUCAUUGUAUAUAUAUUUAGGAUUAAGAUAAUAAUAAUGUAUAUAAUAUUAAGAUAAUCUUAAUAAAAAAAACUAAAAUAUAUUUAUUUUGAAAA